AGCUCGUUUUUAAAAUUGUAGGAGCAGGCUCUCCCUCCCUCCCUAUGUAUCUACGUGUGUGUGUGUGUAUCUAUAUCAGGCAGAGGAAGGGAAUGGUUACAAAUAAAGAUGGAGCAGAAGUCGGAGAUAAGGUGUGCCAUUGAGGAGUUGUCGAUGGUUAUUAUAGCCAAACCUGGAGAUAAUAAUGCUGAUUCAGCCUUCAUCUCCGCCGAGUCUUUUCUAUCUCUGUGCUACUUGGUCCUACAAGUUCUGGAUAAGAUAGGGCCAACCAUGGCUGUUCUCACACGAGACAUUUCUCAAAACGUCAAGGCUGUUAGAUUGGUGCAUAAAUCAAAUCCCUCCGUGAACUCAAACUUGGUUGAGAUAUUGAAAGUAGAGGCAAGCCUAGGCAAAGCAAAGAAGAAGGGGCCCAGCUGCAGUAAUGCCUUUGUUUGGCUCACUAGAUCCCUGGAUUUCGCGUUGGCGUUAUUGCAAAGCGUAGCUGGAGAUGGGGGGAGGAAUAUGGAGGAAAUAGUGACAGAGUGUUAUAAUAACACUUUGAAACCCUGGCAUGGAUGGAUUUCAUCUGCUGCUUUCAGAGUGGCUCUAAAGCUAGUGCCAGAUAGCAGAACUUUUGUAGAUCUGCUCAAGUCAAAGGAUGAAGACUAUGAUACAGUAAAGGAGGAAAUGCAGGAAUUGGUUUCUCUACUUGGGCCUUUUCUCCACGAUGUCCACUGCAUUUUAGAAGUUUAUAAAUUGGCUAAGAUUAAGUCAACCUGAAGUUGAGAUUGAAGAAUCCGACCCACAUUUUCAUUCACGUUAUGUGUAUUAUAUCUCCUCUAGCUUGUGACCUGGAUGAGCUAUAUUAUGCAUCUGUAAACUUAGCUUGAUCUAUUCAAAAUAAAAGAAGAUAAUUUCGUAUAAUGAAUGUGUUGCAGUAUG